UCGAGAGGACCGAACGUCUGGCCAGUAUCAACGGAGAUAUUAAACCACAGAUUCAAAAUAAUAUAUACGCACCUACAAUAUAUAGUGCAUUUAUACUAAAUAAAGCUUCGGAUUUCGUUUUCAUAAAGCCAUUAAAAUGGAAAGUUUUUGGCAAGAGUUGAAAUCACUUUUGAAGACCCUGAUUUGCUUUGUGGUUGCCCUGAUGCUGGUGCCUCUGCUGCUCUUAUCUUUCCUCUGUGCCCACUUUGGCAACGAACUAUCGAAUUAUGUUCUCAGCAUUAAAUAUCCCAACCUCACAAUCUCAAAGUCCAAGAAGAUCCGGACUUUAAUCGACACCCCGAAGAACGCUGGAAUCUUUCACUUUCUUCUACAGGUUGAGGGUAAUUGUGAUUUUGAAAAAAUCAAGCGCUCGUACUCCCAGUAUUUAACAGAUCUGAGGGAUAAAACAGGAACAUUGAGGUUUCCAAAGUUGCGCCAAAAAUUGGUAACCUGUUGGGGCAAUUAUGCUUGGGUUAAUGACAAUAGUGGCUUCAACAUCAACAAUCACGUUCUGCUGAGCACCCACAAGUAUCGAGGACGUCCUGUCACUGAAUCGAAUAUUCAGGAUUAUGUUAGUGAACUGGCCACCAAGUACAUACCCUCCGACCUGCCCCAAUGGCAGGUGAUUGUGAUACCCAACUCGGAGCCCUCUCAACCCUAUUAUAUUCUGAUUAAACUGCACCACCUGAUUAUUGCCGAGGAGGAGGACUUGCAUGUGAGUGAGAUGCUGCUGCUGCAGGAUCCUCAGAACCAAAAGAAAACUCUGAUGUCCCUGAAUGAUGGUUUGGCUGAGAUCUCGAAUCAGGAACAGCAGCUGUCUCAUUUUGUGCGAAAGCCUGAACACAUCAGCCGAUUGAUUAAUCAUCUCGUGCAUCUGGUUGUGUGUCGAUGGCAGCAGUUUAUUUACGAAUUCGAGUCCCUCGAAGGUCCUGAUGGCUCCAGCUCUAUUACCCCCGUUAGAAAUCUCAGUCAGCUUUUGUCCUUGCUGAUAAUUGUGAUGGUUAAUGUCGUUUUGGGAUACUGGCGGAAUCGUAACCUGCUCCAGAAACUGAAACGACGAUCGGGUCAUUAUAGAAAUGAAGUGGGUAGAAUUCAUACUAUUAGACUGCUUUUAAAUCGAGAAAUAGAACAGAGAAAUCUAAGUUGGAUGGGGGCCAGGAAUGCUAUAUAUAAUAGUCUGCAGCCAACUCACUUGGCCAAAGUUUGGACCCGAUUCCUCUGGCGACUUAAUCUCAAUCAUUUCCUUCUAUUACCAUAUCACUUUUACUGUGAAUUCAUAGCCUUUGGUGAUGUCCUGUUCAAGGGUCAAACCUCGUAUACUUCAACUUAUUGCGCCAGACUCCAUUUGUACGUCCCCCUGCUACUUUAUGCACAAUUGGAGCUAUUCAAGAUAUUCUGGGAGCUGUUCAAGGCUCCUAGAAAUAUCUACGAAGUGUUAAUAGAACAGCCCACCAAGGAGCUGAAUAUUUUGCACAAGAAGUCCUAUGCAGGGAGGAAGAUUGUGUCCUUUAGUCGCUCCUUAAAUGGCGUUCAAUUAAGAGAACGAAAUCGAGAAAAGUUCAAUAACAAUCUCAGGGAAUCUGACUUUAGUUUGACUUGCUUGGCUGGAGCCGUUCACGACUACUUCGAGACAUUCUCCAGCGAUACUCAGGUUCCAAAUCUAUUGAAUACAACUUGCAGGACAAUAGAUAAAGGAUACUUUACCAGUCGGAGUGGGGACAAAUCGGAAAAUAUCGGGGGCGUUGUGUUUUUGCAAUUACCUUUGAAAAAACCCGAUACAAAUCAUGCCAAGGAACUCCACGAAAUUGUGGAGAAAAUUCGAAGGCAACAAAUAAUGAUAUACCUAGCAUCGAUCGGCCAAACCAAAUAUAGUCUGCUCACCUCCCUAUUGCCGCAUGUGCUGACCAAAAUAUUUAUAAACUUUUUCUCCUACAACUUCCCGAUCACAAUUACUGAGAUUUACGGAGCCACGGAUGAGUUUCAAUCGGCCUGGGGUCAGAAAGUGCAGGAUGUCCUGCUGUUUAGGCCACCCCAAUCAAAGACUUGCCUUUCGCUGAAUCUUCACCGUUUCGGUGAUAGAUAUAGACUGGCCGUAAUGGCAGAUACCCAUUUGGCACCGGAUCACACAAUCAUCACGAGAUCCUUUGAACGAUAUAUGGAGACGAUCACUCUCUGACAUCUCUACGAAAUCUUAUGUAUCCAUGGAUAUUUAUCAAUUAAACGAAAAAAAAACUAUUUAUCCAACUUA